GGAGAAGCAGGGACUCUCUUCAAGGGGGAACUUUGUUUCUAUGAAACUUAGGAAUAUUUGCAAAAUAUUGUAAAAAUUAUCAAAAUCCCUCGUGAAUCAAUAACCUGCCCCUAGGGUUUGAGGUUUUUAGUUUAGUUUGCCCGGAAAGGGCUUCUACACUCACUAUUCUUACACUUUUUUGAAAGAAUGUGUGAGACAGACAGUUAGCCAGCUAGCUAGCUAGCUGACACAGGCGGCAGGAGAACAAAAGAUUUUUUGCGUUUUGGCCGGUUGUACUGACACCAAGUCCAUGCAGAACGUGUCAUUACCAUCACAAUGCCCGUUUUACUUUUUCUGAUAGACACGUCCGCUUCAAUGAACCAGCGCACCCAUCUGGGCACUACCUAUCUGGACAUAGCAAAAGGCGCUGUUGAGACUUUUAUGAAGCUCAGAGGGAGAGAUCCGGCGAGCCGAGGGGACCGGUAUAUGUUGGUAAAUUUUGAAGACGUUCCCUUCGGGAUAAAGGCUGGAUGGAAAGAGAGCCAUGCCACAUUUAUGACAGAGCUGAGGAACCUCCAAGCAACUGGGCUCACAACUAUUGGCCAGUCCUUGAGGACCGCUUUUGAUUUACUCAAUCUCAAUAGAUUAGUGACUGGGAUAGACAACUAUGGACAGGGAAGGAAUCCCUUUUUCCUUGAACCCGCUAUCAUCAUUGCUAUCACUGAUGGCAACAAGUUGACGAGCAGUGGCGGAGUCCAAGACGAGCUCCACCUGCCUCUGACGACCCCGCUGCCGGGCAGUGAGCUGACCAAAGAGCCUUUCCGCUGGGACCAGCGUCUGUUUGCUCUGGUGCUGCGGAUCCCUGGGAAUGCUUCGGUGGAGCCUGAACCCCUUGGAGGCGUCCCGCCUGACGAUUCUCCCAUCACCCCCAUGUGUGAGGUGACUGGAGGACGUUCUUACAGUGUGUUCUCUCAGCGUAUGUUGAAUCAGUGUCUGGAGUCUCUUGUGCAGAAAAUUCAGAGUGGCGUGGUGAUAAACUUUGAGAAGACAGGGCCAGACCCUCCUCCAGUGGAGGAUGCCCCAGCUGAGGUGGUGAAAUCCGGUCCGCAGCCUUGGCAUUGCUGCCACAAGCUCAUCUACGUACGUCCUAACCCUAAAACCGGUGUUCCCAUCGGUCACUGGCCCAUCCCAGAGGCUUUCUGGCCUGACCAGAACUCCCCCACACUGCCCCCACGCUCAGCCCACCCCCACGUACGUUUCUCCUGUCUGGAUGCUGAGCCCAUGGUGAUAGACAAGGUGCCCUUUGACAAAUAUGAGUUGGAGCCUUCACCUCUCACACAGUACAUUUUGGAGAGGAAGUCCCCGCACACCUGCUGGCAGGUGUUUGUAUGUAACAGUGCCAAGUACAGCGACCUUGGCCAACCCUUUGGCUACUUGAAGGCCAGCACAGCUCUCAACUGUGUCAACUUGUUUGUGAUGCCCUACAACUACCCUGUGCUUCUGCCACUUCUGGAUGACUUGAUCAAAGUGCACAAAUUCAAGCCAACCAUCAAAUGGCGACAGUCCUUUGAGAACUACUUGAAGACAAUGCCUCCAUAUUAUAUUGGGUCUUUGAGGAAAGCUCUGAGAAUCAUGGGAGCACCAAACCUGCUGGCUGACAACAUGGAGUACGGCCUGAGCUACAGUGUGGUCUCCUACCUGAAGAAGCUCAGUCAGCAGUCAAAAAUCGAGUAUGAUCGCCUUAUUGCCUCGAUUGGUAAAAAGCCACCGCCAGAGGCUGGCAUCAAAGUGCGUUGGCGGGGCGGAGGUGUAUUUCUGGCCCAUCGCAGGGACUUCAUCCAGCAGUUGCAGAGUCUCACAGGAGAGGCCACGACCCUGCCUAUGGAGCUCAACCCAAAAGAGUUUCAAGGCUUUCAUCUAGCACUGCUCAAUAAGGGCCUGAAACCUCAGAGCUUUAGGAAUCCCUAUGACAUCCCUCGCAGUCACCUACUGGACCAGCUGAGCCGAAUGAGGAGAAACCUGCUCAACACCAGCGUCUGUACCCUCAGAGGGCAGGAUUCGGACCAACUCCAUAGUGUGCCAAUCGCCCAGAUGGGCAACUACCAGGACUUCCUCAAAGCUGCUCCACAGCCUCUCCGAGAUGCAGACCCUGAACAGCCCAAACGUCUGCACACAUUUGGAAACCCCUUCAAACUGGACAAGAAGGGCAUGAUGAUUGACGAGGCAGAUGAGUUUGUGACCAGCCCUCAGAACAAGGGCAAGAGACCAGGAGACAGCAACAACAUGCAGGGCGGAGGUCCCAAGAGACGCCGCUGCUUGUCACCACUGCUGCGUCUUGGCAGGGCUUACACCCCUCCAGUAACACCCCCUGCCAGUCCUCGACCCACAGGAGACAUAGACAUGAACGAUGGAGCACCUGAAACAGACUUGAUCAUCAACCUGAAUCAGAACCACUAUAGCUCUGACAGAAACUCAGACAUGGAGGCGGAUCAUCCCUCAGGACCCAGCAACCACCGGGAGAACCACACAGCCAUAGAUCCCCAGGACCUCCGGCACAGGGACGAAGACGAGAAUGGGCGACCCCAGGUGGGGCAGCUGCCGCUGCACAGUGAGGAAGGGGUGGAGGUAGUGCUGGUGGAGGACCAGCUGCCUCGCUACCUGUCACCUGCAGCUCUGAAGAAGCACAUUCACAAUGAGACGACAAAGGUCAACAGCGAGCUGAGGGCACUUAUCACCAAGGAAAUCAGGAAACCUGGCAGGCACUAUGAGAAGAUCUUCCUCCUCCUGAAGCAGAUCCAGGGCACUCUGGACACCCGGCUCAUCUUCCUCCAAAACAUUAUUAAAGAGGCGGCCAGGUUCAAGAAGCGUGUUCUCAUCGAACAGCUGGAAAACUUCCUUGAAGAGAUCCACAACAGAUCCAAUAACAUGACCCACGUGGACACGCUCUGAGACUGGCUCAUUUCCAAACUGAACUGAACACGACAACCUUCCACAUCUUUCUAAACUCCCCUCUUCCUGCUGUAUCAGGUCCCCCGUGGAGACAAAACAAGACAGCAUCCAGCUCUGUCACCUCUUGAGUGGGUUCUAUUUAAUAAACAUUAUUGAUGGUCAUGUUGGUUUACACACAGUAUAAACUAAAAGCUGCGUUGACCCUGGAUGAUGCAAGUGCAGAUAUCAAAAAGGGAAAACAAGGAAGCAUUUUAUUGCUGCAGGUGAAGUGUUUGCCUAUGCAAUGAGAUGUCUGACCUGUAGGACAUUUCAGCAUGGUUGCUUUCCAAUCUGCAAACCUGUCCUCAGGCGUUCCCCUUGAUUAUUCUCCUCCCCUGAUUUGAUUGUCUUGUUUUUAGGUGACAAAUGAGAGUGAAUAAUCUCUCCAAUGGGCAGGUGGAGUGCAGGACAUAUCUGGAGAGGAACAGAUGAUGUUUAGUCGUGUUUUCACAGUGACUAUGCUACAGACCUCAGUGUAGGAAGUAUAGAAAUAGUGUAGGAAUGGUUCAGGUUGUUGUGGGUGUUGUGUGCAUUUUCAGCCAACUUGGGGUCAAAUGGGAUCCAGUGGAGACACUCAUGAAAGACUUAUGCCUUUUUAUUCAUUAACUUUUGUUUUCGCGUCAUGUCAUUUUUGGCGUUUGGUUUUGUUGGAGGAUGAGAGUCAAUCAUUCUGUGUGACUGUUGAAAUUUACUCUCUACGCUCCACUAACUAAAGCACUCCACUGCUGUGCGCUUAAAUGGAUAUGAAUUUUAAUUUAUCAACCUGUGGUUUACCUACCAGACUGACAAUGAAUAUUAUUGAAUAGUAACUUAAGAUUUAAUCAUUUUUGUUCCCCCUGGGGGAAAAAUGAUCCACAACUUUAAUAAUGUUUGGAGAUGGUAAACCUAAAAAGUCUGUCUUUUGCAGUGCAGGUUCUCAGAGAGGGCAAGUAAAAAAUAAAAUCAUUGUGAAUGAUGCAACAUCAUUGGUUGAAUGAACAAAUGUUGAAAUACAGGGAUAAAAAGCUCAGGAACUGAUACUUAAUGCAUCAUGAUCAGCAAUAACAUUGGAGCUACUUUAACACCCCCCACCCCAAUAAAUUUUUAUCUUAUUUUAGCCUGAAACCACAGAUAUGCAACACAAACUGUUCUCCCCUGGAGUGUUGGUGAACCAAGAUCUUGGAUGCCAGCUUGUCCCAAAGUGCUGGCUGCUGCCAAAUAACAUAACCCACCCCCUUAACUCCCCCUCACCCACUAUGAAUCUCAAACCAACUUCUUGUCACUCAACCAUGAAUGCACUUGUGUAAAUUUGAGAAUGUUUAUUUAAUGUAAUUUAAAAGAAAAACUACCUUUGUUGCAGAAGAGUUUUUCCCCAACAAUCCUCUUAUUUUUGGUCAGGCCUGUUCAGUUUUCUCAAAUAUACACAAAUCAUCUGAAUUAAGGUCUAGAGGUCAAGAGUUGAUUUCUGAUUCAGAGGGCAGCCCUCUUCCAUUCCCUCCCUCCUUGGAUAGGGACCAAAAUCUGCCAUACCUUCUUUGUUUGUGAAGAGGCUGCCACCAAAAGAGUAUUUUGAAUACACUGUAAAGAUGUAAAUAACCCUAGAGUACUAUUUAAAGAGAAUGUUCAGUGGAAAAUGGCCUUUUUGUAAGUAUUUCCAUGAAUAAAGUUUCUAUUUUACACUGUGAAGGGCCAUGUAAAUAAAGUGUUCUGUAAAGAUGUGA